UCUUUAGAUGGCUCGACCUGUUGCUGCACAUCCACACACCCCCUCAGCUUGCUCUCCGAGAGGUGUGUGCUUCAUUCAUUCACUCAUUCAUACAUAUUGACACUUUUUUCCAAGCAACCUUCAUGCUGAGACCCGCGGAGUUGCAGGAUUUCCAGCGGACGUUCGUGUGUAUAUGUCCAGGGGAGCUGUGUGUGUGUGUGUGUGUGUGUGUGUGUGUGUGUGCUUCAGUGGAACUGUAUAGCUGGAUGACAGAGCUAUCUGUGUGUGAAGUGAGUUGUUCAUCCUGGAACGGGGCCAGUUGGAUGAGAACAUGUGGCUUUACAUGCAGGAACAGGACUGACUUUCACUGAUAAAGGAGGAAAAGUCACGACUGAAUAAAGCGAAGCUGAGCGUCAUCACAGAAGAUCAGGCCUGCUGGAGGAGAGAUAAGAUAGUGAAGCGACGCAAGAGGAGCGACCGAUCGAGGAGAAAACAGAGAGAGAGAGAGAAAGAUGAUGGAUCAUUGGUAUUUGUGGAUCUUGCUCUUGUCUCUUUCUCUCUCCUAUCAGAGUGUGUCUGCACAAGCUGAAGAUUGUCGGACAGCCUUGCCGGCGGACAUCGUGUUCUUGGUGGACGAGUCGUGGUCAGUGGGUCCUUCCAGCUUUGGCCAGAUUAAAGAGUUCAUCGCUGAAAUUAUUCGAUCCUUCCAGAGCGGCGUGAUCGGACCGGAAGGCGUCCGCUUCGGAGUCACUUUAUAUGCUGACAUUCCAAGGAUGCGUGUAGCUCUGACGGACUACUCCACGAUGGAAGAGAUAUUAAACGCGGUGGAGGAGCUGCCGUAUGAAGGAGGAAGCAGUCGUACGGGCGUGGCCCUCGAGUUCCUCGUGGAGUCCGUCUUUAGCCCGUCGAUUGUCCGGGAAAACACUCCAAAGAUUGCAGUGCUCAUUACUAAUGGCAGAUCAGAUGACGUGAUCGAUGGACCGGUUAAAGCGAUAGCGGAGAGUGGCAUCUCUCUUUUCGCAGUAGGUGUGAGGAAUGCUGAUCCGGAGGAGCUGAGGAGGAUAGUGAGCGAGCCUCAUGAGGAGCACCUGAUGCUCAGCCCUGAUUCGUCCUAUCUAGAGAACCUGCUGCCCAAAAUCUCACGCCGAGUGUGUUUCACCGCCUCCGAACCUCCUCGACCUGUUAAACACACUCGUCCGGUGACAGAGAAGGUGGUCGGCCCCAGGGACCUGCAGGUCAGUGAGUUGAGCUACAACUCUCUGCAGCUCUCCUGGAGUCAGGCCACUGGAGACGUGACAGGUUACAGGCUGCUGAUUGCUCCCGUGUCUCCGAAGGGCCAUCUGCUCCCGAUAAAACCCCGACAGAUUGAUUUGAAGGGAGAUGUGGGGAAUACCAAGGUAACAGGGUUGACCCCGAAGACAGAGUACUCUCUCACCGUCUACGCCGUCUACCCCGGACUCAUCGGAGAAUCCUCCACCGUGAUCACCGAGACGAUUCCUGUACCGGCAGUAGCGAACUUCCGUGUGAUCGAGGAGGGGCUGUUCUCUUUGCGCUUGGCCUGGACGUCUCCGCUCGGCCACGUGGACACGUACAAAAUCUCCAUCCCGAGACCCGACAGACCCGGGAUGAUCUACGAGCAGACGCUGCAGGGCGACGCCUCCUCUCAUGUGAUUGAUAGCUUGGAGGAGGAUAAGACAUACACAGUCAGCAUCUACGCCAUGUACCCGGAGGGAUCCAGUGAGCCUGUGUCUGUCAUCGGAAGAACACUGAAGCUGUUCCCGGUUCAGCAGCUGUUGGUUGAAAACGCCACUACGGACACGGUGCAGGCUCGCUGGCUCUCGGUGAGAGGAGCAACAGGCUACAGACUCACCUGGGCAUCCUCAGAGGGCCACAUCGAGAGCGUCAACCUUGGAGGGAACUAUAAGUUCUACAUGGUGCAGGGUCUUCAUGCCGGAACAGAGUACACUAUCAGCAUCAACCCCGUGUUUGUGGAUGUAGAAGGACCAGUGACGUCCAGCAAGACCAAGACAUUGGAGAGCAGUGCAGUACAGACUCUGAAGGCCACAGUGGUGAGCACCAACAGCGCUUUGACUUCAUGGAACGCUGUUUCAGGGGCCACAGGGUACAGGUUGGCCUGGGGUCCCACUGCAGAAUUUACUGGAAGAGAUCGACCCAGGCAGCUGGCUCUGAAUAAGAGCAUUACAGAGUAUUUACUGAAAAAUCUGGUCCAUGACACCGAGUAUGUGAUUUCCCUUUACGUCCUGUUUGGCUCUGUGGUCGGACCAGGCAUCACUGCUACUUUCAGGACAUCUCCCCUCGGCUAUGUGUCAAAUUUCAAGGUGAUAUCCUACAGCAGUUCCUCUAUCAAUGUGGAGUGGAGCGCCAUUGUAGGAGCCACUGAGUAUAAACUGACCUGGAGCUCAGAGGGAGCAAGUGCACAAAGCCAAUAUAUGGACCACAGUGUUUUGCAGCACAGCAUCACCGGCCUCCAUCCAAACACACUGUACACCAUAAGCAUCCAUGCCCUGUACGGGAACAUGGAGGGACCAGAAAUCUCUCUCACACAGCUGACAGCAGCUUCCUCGAUUGAUUCGGAGCAGAUCGAGACAGUAAGGGAACUGAAGGUGGUUGAUAUCGGAGUAAACUCUUUCAGCCUGUCCUGGAGGAAAACGCCUGGAGUUACUCACUACAAAAUCAGCUGGACCCCUUUUAAUGGUGGAGAAAAGAAGAGUGCGACAGUUUCCUCCUCCAUCACGUCAUACACCAUCAGCGGACUCCCAGCCAGCUCUGCCUACAAGAUCCAGGUCUCAUCAUUAGUGAGGGAUCGGGAAGGAAGUUCUGCUACGGUCACAGCCCGGACCUUGGACCUGCCUAAAGUGAACGGUUUCAGUGCUCUGAACAUCACUGAUGAUAGCACUGCACUGAACUGGACCAGAGUUACAGGAGCUUCCGGGUAUCUCCUCUCCUGGAGACACAUAUCAGAGCUUAAGAGCACCACUGAAAUACUGGGCCCUGGUUUCACCUCAUUUAAGAUAAAAAACCUGCUAUAUGGAAGAACUUACAUCUUCAACAUUCGGCCCCUCUACGGAGAGGUAGAGGGUCCCGUCACGACCAUUACCAAACGGAUCGUGGGUGCCUCCCACCCCGUUCCUGUCCAGCCUGGUACACCGGGCCCCGUUCCGUCCAGCAAAGAUUUCAGCAUCAACACUACAGCCAUCGAUAACACCAGCAAGACCACCAGCACUACUCAGAGUCCUGCUGCAAAGCCCAACCUGACCGUCACUAAAACGUCCAAAUCCGUAACCAUGCUCACCACCACAGCUAGAAACCAAACCACACUCUCUGCUCAGACCCUUCCAUCUGGACCUGUGUGUGGCAGGGUGAAAGCGGACAUUGUGUUUCUGGUCGAUGAGUCCUGGAGCAUCGGUUCUAAUAACUUUGACAAGCUGAAGGACUUCCUGUUUAGGGUUGUGACUUAUUUCCCUGUCAUUGGGCCACAAGGCACACAGAUAGCUGUGGUUCACUACAGUGAUCAACCCAGGAUCGAGUUCAGCCUGAACACCCAUAGAGAUCGCAGCUCUGUGCUCAAAGCACUUCGGCAGGUUCAUUACGGAGGAGGAAACACCAAAACAGGUCGAGGGAUCGGAUAUGUCCUUCGGGAGCUGUUCCGGGAGUCUCUGGGGAUGAGGCAGAACGCUCCUCAUGUGCUGGUCCUGGUGACAGAUGGGAAAGCCCAGGAUGAUGUGGAACCUCCCUCCAGAGUAGCACAUGUUCUAGGUGUGAGUGUGCUGGCCAUUGGUAUCGCAAAUGCUGACAUUCACGAGCUUAAAAAAAUAGCUUCACCCGCCACCUACAAGAACGUUUUCUUCGCAACUGACUUUGAUGAUCUCCCUUCCGUCGAGAGAGAGCUGAUCAGUAGCAUCUGCAGCGAGGCUCUGAUGUCUGAGUUUCAGCACCAUAAAGAGCCUGCCCAACUGGACAUACCAACAAGUGACCCAGUAUCUAUUUCAAAGCCUGAGGGUCCCUGUCCAAUCCAGUGCAAGGGACAAAAAGGAGAAAAGGGGGAUGCAUUUGGACACGGCGGUCUGCGCCCGAAGCUAGACGGUGCUGAUUAUGAUGUGUUCACCUUAAGGAUGAAAGGAGAGAAAGGAGAAAGGGGUCUUCCUGGGACAGAUGGCAUACCUGGGGUACCAGGACGACCAGGUCGAACUGGACCUCCUGGUUCUGCUGGACUGAGGGGCCCUCCUGGUAUUCCUGGAGAUAUGGGACCACCUGGCAUUACAGGACCAAAAGGUCAGCGAGGGGAGAGGGGAGAACCUGGGUAUGUAAUGGGAAGCAUGGAUGUUGUCCCGGGUCGUAAAGGAGAACCAGGAUCAUCGGGUCCUCAGGGGCCUCCGGGUGUACCAGGGGUCUCAGGACCUCCAGGACUCCCAGGGCAGCCUGGAUCACCUGGCAUUCCCGGCACUUCUAUAAAGGGUGAGACUGGAGAGCCUGGCCUUAAAGGUCCGCGCGGGAAGCCAGGACCCAAAGGAGAAAAAGGGGGAGUUGGAGAUAAUGGUCAGGCAGGCUUACCUGGACCAAUAGGAGUAGAUGGAAAUCCUGGACUUCCUGGACGGAAAGGUGAAAAAGGAGAAAAUGGCGUCGGAAUUCCUGGUGUUCAAGGUCUGCAGGGUUCUCCUGGUGAAAAGGGAAAUAUGGGGCUCCCAGGGCCAGUUGGACCAAAGGGUGAGCAAGGAGUUCAAGGAGUGACAGGACCGAGUGGCUUCAGGGGAAAAAGAGGUUUGAAAGGGGAGCAAGGAGACAAGGGUGUCCGUGGAGAGAUAGGGCCUAUGGGACAUCAGGGAUUAGCAGGCCUGCCUGGAGCUGUUGGACCAAAGGGUGAGGAGGGACAGCGCGGAGCACCAGGAGACCCUGCGAAAGGCAUACUUGGACCUCCUGGGAAAAAGGGCGCACGGGGGGAUAUCGGUCCGGUCGGACCUCCUGGGCUUCAGGGAAUUAAAGGUGUCCAAGGAGACAAAGGUGAAAAGGGCAGUCCUGGCUUUGGGAUUCCUGGACAGCCGGGUCCUAAGGGUGAGACUGGUGAGAGGGGUAAUGUUGGACUAUCAGGGAAACCUGGACCUAAGGGCAACGAUGGCUUUAAAGGGGAAAAGGGUAACAUGGGUCUCUCAGGAAACCCAGGACCUCCUGGACUAAGAGGUAAAGAUGGUUUGUCUGGCUCAAAAGGAGACCCUGGACUUCAGGGAGAGCCUGGUUCUUCAGGGCCUCCAGGAGAGAAAGGCAUGAGGGGAUCUCUUGGUCUCCCUGGACAACCAGGAGACCCUGGUGAGAAAGGAGACCAUGGGAAAAUCGGGCUUCCGGGUCCCGAAGGUCGGAAAGGAGAGAGAGGCGAGCCAGGGAAACCUGGUCCACCUGGAAAUUAUCAUUUGUCCGUGUCAGACAAUAUCAGAACCAUCAAGGGUGAGCCAGGUGAUCCAGGUGAGCGUGGGCUGCCAGGAGAUACAGGACUACCAGGACCACCAGGUCCACCAGGAAAACCUGGCCCUUCAGGAGUUAUGGACUUUGAAGGAGAACCUGGGAGGAAAGGGGAACCGGGAGCUAAAGGAGAGAAAGGAGAUCCUGGGCGAGUUGGAGUUUCCGGCAUGCCUGGUUUACCCGGUGUUCCUGGUAAACCUGGUGUAGACGGUAAGCGUGGACUAGCGGGAAAAGAUGGACAACAAGGACUCAGGGGCAGUGAUGGGAAAAAGGGAGAGAAAGGAGAACCUGGUGUUGAUGGUAAAGACGGGCCAAAGGGAGAUGUAGGUCCUCCAGGUUUGCCCGGUCCUCCUGCUGUAGUGCCCGAGAGUGCCUCAAUAGAUGAUUUGAAAAAGGCAUUUCCGUUACCAGCGGGUCUUCCUGGAGCGACGGGUUCUCCUGGCAUGAAGGGAGAGAAAGGAGAUCCAGGAGAAAGGGGGGACAUUGGUUUGCCAGGGAGAGGUGUUGAAAUGAAGGACAUUGAAGCAUUAUUUGAAUCAUUUGGCAUUAAGCUUUCCCUGCUGAAGGCCUUAAUUGAUAGGCUACUCCAGGAUGGUAUGGAGGAACUACUGCAUGAAAUCAGCACCAAGAAAAGAACCAAAGGACAGAGGAUAAACCCCGACUCCAACAUCAUCACUGAAUACGCUAACUCGGUGAAGUACGAAGUCUCGAGUGAGCCACGGACUGAUGGACUCCUGACCGAAGAAGUGGAUCUAAAUGAACCCUACCCAGUUUUACUAAAUGAAACAGAAGAUAGCGGAACUCUCUGGAACGCCACCGGGUACAAUAAAACCGAUCUGAUCAGAACAGAGAGCAGGAUUGAAGUAGAAGAAGAAGAAGGAGAGGCUCUGCUCGAAGCCUUCACAGAAGCACCAUCUAUUUUCAUUACUCAGAUUGACACCUCUUCAGACACGAUGGGUACAACAAAAGCAGAGGUAAGUAUGUUGGAUGUCCUCCACAGUCAGGAGAACGCAGUAAAGAAGAUGUCCGGGGAGAAGAAGAAGGGCCGAGAGAGAGGAAAGGGUAAAGGGAAUAAAGGACGACAUAAACGACAAAGGAAGCGAUUGGAAGAGCUCGACCCUGAGAAAGAGGAGGAGGAGGUUGAGGAGGAGAUUGAUGAUGAUGGUGAUGAUGGUGAAGAGUAUCAGUAUGAAUACGAGGAUGAGCUCGUUACAGAAGAGACUGUUCUCUCCCAUGGGGAGGAGAAAGAGCAGACGAUCUACACCACCACAGAGCCUUUCCCCUCGAUAUCAGCAGUCACGCAGCAGCCGAGUGAAAGCACGAUAUCCUCAGAGCUCGAUUUACAGGCUACAGAAAAGGGGGUCCUUUCCAGUUCUGAUGCACAUGGAGCGAUGCCUAAAGUGAAGAGGAGCGCCCCCUCACCUGAUUAUGAGCCCUCAAAUAGUGCAAGAAAGAAAAAGAAACAAAAGAAAAAGAAGCCGAAAUACAAGGAGCCAGAAACUGAGGCUGAAAUAUACAAAGAAACAGAUCUUGAAGUUAAAGCAGAAAGAGAAGUGGAGAGGCAGGCUGAAAGAGAGCGAGAGGUGACGGAGUGGGACGUGGAGGAUGAAGAGGAACGAAGGAUAUGGGCCGAACCAGAGCGUGAGCAGAGCUCAGGAGAAAGAGACGAGGAGAGGAGCAGUGAGAAUGAGAAUGAGGACUGGGACUGGGAUGAAGCGAGAGAGAGAGACAGGAUGGAGAUGGAGAGAGAGAGGAUGGAGCUAGAACGUGAGAGAGAGGAGGAGUCGGAAAGGGAGGCAGCCGCGGCGAGAGAGCGGAAGAGGGAGAGAGAGAUGGAGCGAAAGGAUGUAGUGGAGAGACAGAGGAUGGAGUGGGAGAUGAUGGAGAGGGAGAGGAUGGGGGAGGUGGACAGAGAGGAAGACAUGAGGGCCCAUAUCUCUCAGUAUGAACUUCUGAAGGGACCUCCAGGUGAAAAUGGUCUACCAGGACCCAAGGGUGAGAUUGGGGAAAAAGGACAAAAGGGCGAGCCUGGAAUAGGACACCGUGGUCCUGUUGGUCAAGCUGGUCCACCUGGCCAAAAGGGUGAGCCUGGAGAACCAGGACCUCCAGGUGCACAGGGCAUCCAGGGCAUCCUGGGCAACCCUGGGAUACCAGGAACACUGGGUCAAAGAGGUGAGCCAGGAGACCCCGGAGAGCCUGGCAAAGAGGGCGACAGAGGAAGACGAGGAAAAAAUGGAUCACCUGGCUCUCCUGGUGCUCCCGGACCUCCAGGAAGACAAGGGAUUCCAGGUCCACCAGGAGUGAAAGGCGACAAGGGUGACAGCAUCCCGGGGGAGCCAGGCGACAGGGGCGUGGCUGGACUUCCAGGCCGCAGGGGCGCCAAGGGCACUGUGGGGGUCAGAGGGCCACCGGGACUCAUGGGUCCUAAAGGCUUCACAGGAAUAAAAGGAGAAAAGGGUGAUAAAGGUCUACCAGGCAACCGAGGCGAGAAAGGGAGUCUUCUGUCUAUGCCUGGGCCUCGUGGAUAUAAAGGCAUAAAAGGAGCGGCGGGUGAACAAGGAUCUCCAGGAUUCGAUGGCGAUAAAGGGGAGAAAGGAGAGGAUGGACCUCCAGGGGUGAAGGGUUUGAAGGGAGAAGCUGGGGUCAAAGGAAGUAUGGGGCCCUUUGGAGCACGAGGGCCUGUAGGACAAAAGGGAGAAGCAGGAGAACCAGGCGCCAAUGGAGAAGCAGGUCGUCAUGGAGAGAAUGGACUGCCGGGUGAAAAAGGUGACAAGGGAGACAUGGGAGUGCCAGGACAAAAGGGUGAACAGGGAGAGAAAGGAGAGCUUGGAUUACAAGGAGACAAAGGUAACAACGGAGAACAGGGUUUCCGAGGCAUGCCAGGAAGAAUAGGCCUCCCAGGAAUAGACGGGGAACCGGGUAGUAUUGGAGACCCUGGGGCACCGGGCAUUCCUGGACUAAACGGACUCCCGGGACGAAAAGGAGAAAAAGGUGAUGGAGGUCUACAUGGACUUGAUGGUGAACCAGGGAAAAGGGGAGAGAAGGGACCUCCAGGUUUUCCGGGAUUCACAGGUUUUAAAGGAUCUCCAGGUGCACCGGGAACCACCGGAGCUCCUGGCCGACCUGGUCCGGUUGGACCUAAAGGGGAAGUUGGACCUAAGGGAGAAAGAGGAAGGAGAGGCAGAGGGAAGCCUUGUCAGAGAGGUCUCCCGGGAAUUCCUGGACAAAGAGGCUUGGAUGGUGAGACGGGGCUGGAAGGACGGAAAGGGGAGAAAGGCGAUCCGGGGCUUACCGUAGAGGAGGUGAAGGACCUGGUGACCAAAGAAGUAGUGGAAAAGUGUGGGAUAGAGCAAGCGUACCGUCUUGUGAUGAACACCAAAGAUCCAGAAGGAGAGAGUGUUCUGAAAGAGGACGAGGUAACGGAGGAGUCUCCUCUCGCUCACAUGGAUGAGGAGAGAGAGGAGCAAACCACUGCGUCUCCCGAUGUUUCACACACCGAGCCAAACUUAGUGCAUGACAAUAUCACAGGAGCUGAAACCCAAGAGAGAACGCAGACUCAGAGAGAUCGAAGACAUGCCCUCAAGGUGACAUCAGCAUCUGCCCCAGAGGUCUGUCUUGACCCGAUGUCCGAGGGCCACUGCUCCGAGUACGUGUUACUCUGGUAUUUCCACCCGAGCUCUGGAGUGUGCCGGCCCUUCAUCUACAGCGGCUGUGGAGGAAGCAGAAACCGAUUCAGCACGAAACAUGACUGUCAGACUUACUGCAACCUGGGGCAGAGAGAUCCUAGGUCCUGAUGACAGCUGAUGGGGAACAACUCUAGCGGCCAUUUUGCCCAGUGAUUAAUGUUGGUAUUUUGUAUAUUUUGUUACUUUUAUGACUUGUUAGUUAUUUUCUAAGUGCGAUUUUACUGUCCUUCUGUAUAUGAUUCUUUUUUUUAUCCAUUUGGAAUGGUCUUGAAUGUAUUUAAUUUCUCGUCUGCUGAACACUGCACAUCAUAUUUGCAUACUAAGAGCCAUACGUUGUUGCACUGUGAUAUCUGUAUGCAAUUAUUGCCUUUGCUAUGUUUACUAAACGUUUACUGCACCAUUUCAGUACAUUCAUACAUGGUUUAAAUUACACGGUCACUAUGAUCAACACUGUGUGGUCAUUUUGCACUAACUGCUCUGUUUAUUUAAAAUUAUUAAACUUCAUCUAGUUCA